GUCGAAGGCGCGCGCGCGACGGAGAGAGCGUCCGCAGCGCGGAAGCGCCGGACACCGCGCGAAUCGGCACGACAACCGACGUCGACGCGACGACGACGCCGGGUCAGCCCCCGCGCAUGGCAGUAAUGCACGCCACGCUGUCGCCGACCAGGCCCAUCUCCGCCGAGGAACAACAAGCGAUCGCAGACCUCAGGACAAUACUCCCGCAAAUCGAAUGUCUUGAAGAUUCAUACAUAUUACGAUGGCUUCGUGCUAAAGACUUACGUUUUGAUGAGACGGCCGAAGCUUUGAAAAAGCAUGUGACUUUUCGAAAAGCAUGGGAACUCGAUUCGAUUGAUUCUUGGGAAGCACCCGAGUGUCUAGAAAAGUACUGCGGCUAUGGCUUCCUCUCGGACAAGGAUGGACGACCGAUUCUGAUGUCGCUGCUCGGCAAUUUGGACGUGGAAGGCAUGCUGAAAUCAGUUGCAUCGUUGGACUACAUCAAAUUCUCUCUGGCUGCAAUUGAGAAGGGACUUCAGCUGUGUAAUCAAAAAGCAAAACAGACAGGACGACCAUUCGAGCAAAUGAUGCUUGUGUUCGACCUUGAUCACAUCGGCUCUGCACACUUCUCAUGCAAACAAUUCGCCAGUUCAUUCACCACUCUCGUCACACUAUUCCAGGAACAUUAUCCACUUGUACUCAAGAAGAUUCUGAUUAUCAGAGCACCAGAAAUGGCGCGUAUCGCUUACGCUUCGAUCACGGCCAUACUUAGUGAUCCGAUUACGCGGCUCAUUGAGAUGCCUUCUGAGGCAGACUGGAAAUGGGCAUUAGCUCAAUAUGUAAAUCUGGAUGGGUGGCCUAUUCACUGGGGAGGAAAUAGAUCCGAGAAUGGAGAUCCUAAGUGCCCCGCUACUAUUCGCUAUGGCAUGGGCCCCGUACCCUCGGACUACUUCGUAGAUCCUAAAACAGCAAUGCCAGAUUACGAUCAGUUGACAACUGUCUAUGCUGGUGACAAACACCUCAUAUCAAUCCGGAUCAAGGAAAAAAGCCGAAUAUGCUGGCAGUACAUGACCGAUGACGACGACAUCGGCUUCGCGAUUCACUUUGACCCCUCAUUCCAGGCAAAUAAUUUGACCGAGAUGGAGAUUGUCUUCCCCUACAUCCGUCUCGAAUGUACGAAUGUUCCUAUAUCCGGUCACUAUGUAGCAGAAAAGGCUGGAAAUUAUAUUAUUGAAUUUGACAACUACUACUCUUGGUUCUCAGCCAAGCAGCUGCGUUACAACAUCGAGAUUGAAGAAUUAUAAUACUGUGAUUAUUUUAAUAAUGUCGUAUAUUGUAUGCUUAAUUGUACAUAAAAUUGUAAAAAACACAGGAUUGAUUGCUAA